CAGUCCAGAUGGACUGCGGAAAUGCACGUGGGUUCUGGUUGUUUCUUUUUGGAUGGUGCAGUCGUUAAACAGCUUGGAACAUAUUUAGAUGUUUUUACCUUAGAAUGGGCAAAUCCAGAAUGAGUUAAUUUAGCAAUCGUAUAUCCCCAAAGUUUGGGAAUGGAUUUUGAAGUUCAGCUGGUCUUUUGUCAAUGGAUGACGAGUGAUUGUUUAUCAGUUUAUUUUUCAUAAUUUAUUUGCGCGCGUAUUGCGAUUUCUUUGUUCAGUAAUGAUGACCAAACGUAUAACGCAACAGAAAUGGAGACUUGGACUGUCAAUCAUCUUCUGGCUUGUCAGUCUUCAUCUCAUAUGUGCCCACAAUGAGAAGUCACCAACAGCCCUGUCUAUCAAAGAAGACUCUGAUGAUCAUAGCAAGGGUGAGGAGACACUGUUAGAGGAUGAGGAUACUGAGGAUCUGGAGGUGUUUAGGCCUACAGACAAGUGGCAAACUCUCAAACCUGGUCAUGCAGUUCCAGCAGGGUCUCAUGUCAGAUUGAAUCUUCAGACGGGCCAAAGAGAGGUUAAGAUGGGAGAAGAGGAAGAUCUCAAAUACUGGAGAGAUGGAAAUAGACAAGGGAUGAUGAACAUGCAAAGCCCUUCGUUCACAGCUGAUGAGUUAAAAGAGGCUUUGAAAAAGUUUAAAGAAGGAAUGGAUGAUCCUGUGGACACAAAACAAGAUGAAGAUGCAGUGAGGGCCAAAUAUCGCCCUAUUGAAGAGCUGAAAAAAGACAUGGAGGCACUCGACAUGCUUGUGGAGACAGACGUUCAAGUUAUGAGGAGGCUUUUAAACCAAUUUAAUAAUACUAACAGCACAACUGAGGAAAAAGUCACAGCUCUUCUUGAUUUGGAGUACCUCGUGCACCAGGUAGAUAAUGCCCAGAAUUUGGUGUCCAUGGGAGGAAUGCAACUGCUAAUAAAUGCUUUAAACAAUACAGACAUUCGUCUCCAGGAGAGUGCUGCGUUUGUGCUCGGAUCAGCUGUUUCAGGUAAUCCAUCAGUUCAAGUUGUAGCAAUAGAAGGUGGUGCAUUACAGAAGCUGUUGACAUUGCUUGCCACUCAGCGACCAAUAACGGUAAAAAAGGUGUUAUUUGCUGUGGCCUCACUUCUGCGUCACUUCCCGUUUGCACAAAGUCACUUUCUGAAGCUUGGAGGUGUGCAGGUGCUUAGCGAACUGUUUCAAACACCAGGGACAGAAUCCCUGCGUGUGAGAAUCAUCACAGUUCUCUAUGAUAUGAUCAUUGAGAAGGAACUGAUAUCACAGGUGGGAAUGGAUGUUAUACCAGAUUCCUCUCAUCAGGAACGUUUGCGACAGUAUGCUGAAAUCUCCCUCCUGCCCAUAUUGGUGGAGCAGGGGUGGUGCAGCCUGGUGCCUGAGCUUUUAGCAUCACCUGAGCAUGACUACAGAGAGAAGGCUCUGCGCACUCUGCUUGCCAUGAUGGCUCAAUGUCAAACUCAAUAUAAACAGAAUCCCGCAUUGACAGCCUCUCUUAGUGAACUGCAACAACAGUAUCAAGAACUGGUGCUCACAGAGCAGGACGUAGGUGAGCAGGACGGUUAUUUUGGAGAGAUCCUGGCACUUGUGGACUCUAUGGUGGUUAAAAUGCAGCAGGUAUGAAUUGGGACUGCUGCUGCAUUCUUGAAACACAAUGAAUGAAUAAAAAUUGAAGUUCUGAAA